AUGUUGCGUAGAGAAAUAAAUAACUCUAAUAGUAACAGGUGGGUAGAAAAUGAAUCCUUCCCAUUUGAGAUGCCGAAUGUCAGUUAUAUAGUAUCCGCAGAAUUUCAUAAUAAGUUGGGCCCUAUCGUGAAGCACCAAUAUCCUAAAAGCAUUCCAGGUUUCAGACAGUUCCUCUACGGGGAAUGCAACGGCGAUACAUCUGUGUCCAUGAACUUGGCAAGUUUGAUGAUUCCAAGUAGUAUAGAACGCAAUCCCGGUAGGCAAGACAUUACAGUGUUUACCCUUUAUUACAAUAAAUUCACUCAAAAUUAUCAACUCUUUCCAGUACCGAAAGACCCUCGUUUCAAUUUCAAUCUGCACCAUCGUGAAGACUCAAACAGUAGUGUUAGCAAUAGCAUAUAUUACGAUGCCGAAAACUAUCAAGAUGUAAAAAACAAUAGGUACACAAUCGUUUUGGAAGAUGAUGAAUUUGAAUUUCAAGAAUUUCAGAACAAUCGGAAAGUCACAGAUGAUGAACCUCUAUUUUUCAUUAAUGUUGCCAAUACGGUUCUGGACAUCACAAAUGAUAGAGGAGCUGUUAUUAAAUCGAUUGCUGUCGGCACACCUUUGAAAACCUUUUUUGCAUUCAAAAACAUCAUUGUGUUAGUUUUGGAUUUGUACAUGAAAGCUUCAUCUCAAGCUGCUGCUAUGGACAUACUGGUUGAUUGCUUCAAUAUGCUGAAUAGUGUUGAUCUAUCAUUGAUUAAUAAUAUACAUUCCAAAAAUAGUAUACAAGACGUGCUUCAUUCUAUCCAUGAUGAAUCUAUCAUUACCAAACUAUUCUUUAACACAGAUGAUACUUUAAAGAGGUUAUUUCGCAUAAAUGGAUUUGACACUAAGGACAAGUACGGUAAUAUUGUGACCUUUCAUGACCAAUUCAUACAAUAUCACUUCACGAGGUUUCAAUCAAAGAUGCUCCCGCCGUAUUUGCUAAAUAUCCCAUUACAGUUUGACAUGAUUAAAAGAGCGCCAAUUUAUGUUGAAAGUGAUUACAAUGAAUUAGUUUUGAAAUUUUUGGACAGAUUUAUUCCAUACCUUCUUAAGGCCAGUCCAAAAGUUACUGUAUGGAAAUUAAUUAUCAAUUCUACUCAACUGAGCAAAGAAGAUCUUUGUGCCUUCGUUUUAUCGCUAGCCAAUAUAACGGCAACUUAUUCUAACGACCUUCAAUCGUAUUUCAAAGGGAAUACAGCGUUGAUUUUUCCCUACAUGGAUAUAUCUCUUGUUGAUAGCUUACGAGCGUAUUUAACAUCAAGAACUGAUUUUAUUAGAUGCCCUGCAAUUAUUGGGACUGCCAAUCCAAUUUUUCGAUAUCAGUUGGAUGUUUGGGAUUACUAUUAUGAUGUGGAUGCGGACAUUCUUUACGAGAACAACAAACCCCAAAAAGAAACAUUAGAUGCAAGGACAGAACUAAGGACCGGGCCUAACCCUUUAAGAAAAAUAUUCAAUAGACCUCAUUUGUCAUCAAAUGUAGUAAACGAGAAUCAACGGAAUUUGGGCCAGAAACUCUUUUCACUUCUCAUUGAUGAAUAUCAUGAUAGUGAUACUAUGAUGAGUGUAUUGAGAAGACUAAAUGUUCUCCAGUUGGAAAACCUUCUAGACACCUUGAAAAGACGAGAAAUUUCACCGGAUAUAGCACUUAAAGAUGAAUAUAUUGCGUUUUAUAAGGACUUUUUCAUUUUUCCGGAGUUUUUUGACUAUUUUACAUUGCAUAGUAUUGAAUUGUUAUCUAACUUGGAUAAUUGUUUAUUUAGCUUAAGAGACGCAUGCCGAUUCCUUUCCAAGGAGCGAAUAUACUCCCAAUUAAGUCAAAUAUUAGAAAUUGUUAAGGAGGUGCUUCGCAUGGUAUCGAUAAACAAGAUGAACAUUGAUAAGUUUUUAAAUGCUUGUUUAAAUUACUCUCCAUCUAUAGUAUUGCCAUCAACUGAAUUACGGGCCGAUAAUUCUUCCAAAUGGAGCUUUGAAAGAGAAGUGCAUCAGGGGUUCGAUAACUAUAGUAGCUAUAUGGGUAUCGAGAGGGACCCCAAUGGCGUCGUUUUAUCAGCAAUAGAUCUCUUUACCCAAGUAUACAGUUUCGACAUCUUAGCCCUUUUCCUUACGUUUAAUGAAAAUGACUGUGAGCAUGAAUUGCCCUCUACAAAGUCUCUAUCCAGGAAAAGGACAUACUUGUCUAGGAUGGCACAAUCGUCUUCGUUAAGGCAGUUUUUACAAAUGAGUACCCGCUCUAAUGUGAGGAUUCUGGGAAGUAACGGACAGAGUUUUGGAAGCUCUAAAUCUUCCGAAUUCAUGAACACCUUCUCUAUCAUCUCACCUAGACUGAAGGCUUCUCCUCUACUAGAAAGAAGAGCAUCGAAAAUCAGUAAUGCCAUAACGAAAUUACUCUAUAAAUUAGAAUGCCAUCCAAUAGGUAGGACCCUCUUAGAAAAAUACCUCAACAAACGAUUCCAAAAGGCUUAUGCAGAAUCGAAGAAGCACUUCAUCUGUGAAAAUAGAGACCCUGAGAGUGGAAGCUCAAACAACGUUUCUUCUAUUAUUGUGUCAUCUUCGUAUACUGACGAAUCUAUCCCAUUACCUCCAAAUAGAACAAAAAUGUUGAAUGACUUAAAAGAAAUCACCCAACAACAAGAAUCUGCUCAAAAAGUUGCCCAAGAUGCUGAAUUGUGA